AUGGGGAACUGGCUCUGUAAACCGCCUCUUCCAGAAAGGGGAGUCCAUUACGAGUACCACGAGAGUGUAUCCGAGUUCGGUAGCGACCUGUCCCUCCCCACCGGGCCAGCCGGAGUCACACUGAGCAACAUCACGCUUGACGUAAUGUCCAAACUCCCAAGCAAUGUGACCCGCCACCAGGGAAGAAGACCGGUUGGACGUAGACCCGCCGAAGGGUUGACGGAAACAACGACAGUCAAAACAAUGACAACCUUGACUAAUGGACAGGUUGUGACGACUACAGAGACGACGACUGUGACUGUUGGGCAAGGGGAAAGGGUUCGGAGGUUCGGGAGACGGGGGAGGAGAUAG